CAACAUGGUAUUUUAAAUGUCCUCAAAUUUCUAUGUAAGAAAAAAUUUGCAAUUUACGAAAUGUUCGAUAAGUAUUUAAGUCUGUAUGCGACCCUUUAUCGAUGACAGGUGUCGACAGGUUGUUAAGAACUGGUCGCAAUUGUUCAGUUCACAGGGGGAAAUACCCCUAUAAUUCAGUUCCUAUAGGCAAAAUGAUCUAGUUAUAAACGUCACGCACAUUCUUAUUGCCACCAUGUGCAUUAUUAAUGGCUAUGGUAUUCCCUCACAAAGGGGAAUAAGUCCAAGUAAGUUUGAAGUUUUUGCAUGUGCUGCAGUUCACAUUGUAAAUGCUAAGAGUAUGAUCACAUUAUAGACAUGACAAGAGGGGAAGUUAGUUCCGCCGUAAUUGCCGAUAUGGUUAUUUCGACGCAUUCGGGACUUGAAGAUUACAAUUGGGUUAUUACAUUAAAUCGAUUAUGCUUGAGUUUGGUUGGGGUUUGGCCAGAAUCUAACGAAACUCCACGAAGGAAAUUGAUAAUGAAUGUACGCGUUAUUACUAUAUUAAAUGUAAUUAUUUGGAGCAGCAUUAUUCCAACUGUCCAUUCUCUAAUCAGAAUAUGGGGUAAUAUUAUGUCUAUGAUCGAUAAUCUACAAUACAGUUUACCGCUUUUAAUAUCAGCAAUGAAACUUGUUCUCUUGUGGCGGAAGAAAGAAGUUCUCAUAUCAGUUUUAAAAAUGGUUAAAGAGGACUGGAUCAAAUUAAAGACAGAAGAAGAAAGAGCCGUCAUGAUAAGGCAAGCGCGAAUUGCACGUCUAAUCAUGAUUUGGGGAUAUAUGAUUAUGAUUCUCUCAUUUGUUUUCGUUGUAAUUUUCCCAUCUUUUAAUAUAUCAAUGAGAUACUUAACAAAUAUUACCGAUCCGGGCAAAAUACUACCAUUACAAACAUAUUACUUGUAUAAUGUAAGUGACAGUCCAUUUUAUGAGACAACUUUCAUUCUGCAAGGUUUUAGUUUGAUGGCAGCUGCUGCUAUAUACAGCGGUGCGGAUACUUUCAUGAGUAAUCUAAUCUUCCAUGUAUGUAGCCAACUGGAAAAUUUCAAGACGCGUAUUCUUAAUCUGGAUAAACAUAGUCACUUCGAAGAAGCACUAUCAUCUAGCGUGCAGAAUCAUAUACGUCUUAUAAGAUUUAUUAAAAUCGUUGACAAUACGUUUAACUUGAUGCUGUUAGGUCUGCUGGUUUAUUUUGGCAUACUUUUUGCUCUGUUCGGAUUUUUAUUUGUCACCGUAAUAACACAAGGUCGCAAUCUCUCUAUCGCCCGACUCGUUUACCUUUUGACGGCUUUCAUUAAUACAUUCACACAUAUGUGUCUUUAUUGUGUAGUAGGCGAAUUUUUAGUUAUUCAAUGUGAUGGAGUUUAUGAGGCUGUUUAUCAUUACAAGUGGUAUAACUUAAAGCCGAAGCAGGCUAGAAACCUAUUAAUUAUAAUGACGCUUGCUAAUAGACCAUUGCACCUUACUGCAGGAAAACUUUUUCCUAUGACAAUGGCUACAUUCUGUAAUUUAUUAAAAACAUCGGGCGGUUACAUAUCGGUUUUACUGGCCCAUCGCAAUUAAACUAGAAGCAUUUAACUAUACAACAAAUUGUAGAAACAAAUUGCAUAGUUAGUAAAAUUCUAACUUUAAUUGUUUAAAUUAAAUUUUAGAUUAAAUUUUAAUUGUUUCUAAUGGUAUAAUAUUUCUAACGGUUGGAAUAUAUGCCGCAUCUAACUAAAUUUAAUUAUCAAAUAUUAUUUAGGGAACAUGAACUGUAACAAUAAGAACUUCAUACUCUAUACUGUUAGGAAAAAAAAUUAUAAAUACAAAAUAUUUUUUUUAUACUUGUGAAAUGUAUCUAAUUGAUGACAUUUUAAGAUGAUACUUAAUAUAGUCUCAAGUAUAAUAAAUUAAUUAUGAAUACCA